AUCUAACCCUAAAGCCCUUAACCGUCCUGUCUCUCUAUCAUUUUAAACCCUUCCGCCUUUGCUCACAAAUUCCAUAAACCCUAAACCUCUCAAUCUCUAAGGAAGAUGAAUUUCAACAAUGUCAAAGUCCCCAAGGUCCCAGGUGGUGGUGCAAUAUCUGCCUUAAUUAAGGUGGGAGUUAUUGGUGGGCUUGGCUUGUAUGCUGCUGCAAACAGUCUCUACAAUGUUGAGGGAGGGCAUCGAGCCAUUAUGUUCAACCGCUUAGUUGGUGUCAAAGACAAGGUUUAUCCUGAGGGGACACAUUUUAUGAUUCCAUGGUUUGAGAGGCCUGUCAUAUAUGAUGUCCGUGCACGACCUCAUCUAGUGGAGAGUACUUCUGGUAGCCGUGAUCUUCAGAUGGUGAAGAUUGGGCUUCGAGUACUCACCCGUCCUGUGGCAGACCAGUUGCCUACAGUUUAUCGAACUCUUGGUGAGAAUUAUAAUGAGAGGGUCCUUCCAUCCAUUAUUCAUGAAACUUUGAAAGCUGUGGUUGCACAGUACAAUGCCAGCCAGCUCAUCACUCAGCGAGAGGCUGUUAGUAGGGAAAUUCGGAAGAUUUUGACAGAGAGGGCCGCAAAUUUUAAUAUUGCACUGGAUGAUGUCUCCAUUACCAGCCUUACUUUUGGGAAGGAAUUUACUGCUGCAAUUGAGGCUAAACAGGUGGCUGCACAGGAAGCUGAGAGAGCUAAAUUUAUUGUGGAAAAAGCUGAGCAGGACAAGAGGAGUGCUAUCAUAAGAGCGCAGGGAGAAGCCACUAGUGCUCAACUCAUUGGUCAAGCCAUUGCAAGUAAUCCAGCAUUUAUCACAUUAAGAAAGAUUGAAGCUGCAAGAGAAAUUGCUCAUACGAUAUCGAAUUCAAACAACAAGGUCUUCUUGAAUUCAGAUGAUCUUUUGCUGAACCUUCAGGACAUGAAGUUGGAGAGUGCAAAGAAAUAGGCGUUACCAGUACUUACUCUUUAGCCUUUAGUUUUGCUUUUUCAUAAUUGUUCAAUUGUCGGAAUAUACUAUCCUCAAUAACUGAGCAGUGCAAAAGGUAAAAAUGGUUAUUUGUUAUUUAAAGGAUGGUUUUGCAUCAGAGUUUAUUUGGCUCAAGAACAACCGCUAAUGGAGAAAAGUUGUUUGAACUGUUACAUUGAGAAGUAAAAGAUGUUGGAUAUGUAAUUGCACAACA